CUCAUUCCAAGAUGGCGGCUCGCUGGCUGCGCUUCAGCUGCGCUGGGCGCCGAGCUUUGCGGCGGAAAGGCCUGGUGUCCUUGGGAGCAGCAGCAGAAGGGAGCGCCAGGCACUGUUCAGAACUUGCAGCUGUUCAAGAAAAAUCUCCUGGCCUUCAAGUUGCUGAAGAAGAUAUUAUUCUCCCAAGAAAGAAAACCUGGGAUAAGUUAGCUGUUCUUCAGGCACUUGCUUCAACUGUAAAGAGGGAUACUACAGCUGCUCCCUAUAUAUUUCAAGAUGACCCAUAUCUUAUUCCUAGAACAAGUUCUGAGUUUCGUUUGUUUUCCUUGUCAAAAGAAUCUGGGAAAAAUGCAGCCAAAUAUGUCAUUAACACACAUCCUAAAUAUUUUAAGAAGGACAUUGCUGAACCUCACGUACCGAGUUUCAUGCCAGAGGAGUUGGCACCUCAGCUUGAAGACGUGAGUGAGGAUACACUUAAAAAUCGAAUCCACUUCAAAAAAGUAAAAGCUUCUGUAGACAUGUAUGAUCAACUUCUGCAAGCAGGAACCCCCAUAUCCUUGGAGACCUCAAACAGACUUCUCGAUCUUCUGUGUUUUUAUGGAGAUAGAGAAUCAAAUCAGGAGAAUAGUCACGGAGGUAACCGUGAAGUGGGAGACUUGGAAGAAACUCCUGAAGAAAAUAGACAGAGAGGCAACUUUCAGAAUGCUGCUGAUAGCUUUGGCAUUAAAUGGAGGGAGAACAACAACGCUGAGAGAAUAUUUAGCCUAAUGCCAGAAAAAAACGCACAUUCGUACUGUACAAUGAUCAGAGGGAUGGUGAAGCAUAUGGCAUAUGCAAAGGCUUUUGAUAUGUACACUGAUUUGCUGAAUAAUGGAUUUAAUGCUGAUGUGUAUACAUUCAAUGCACUAAUUUUAGCAGCUGCAGAAGUGAAAGAAAAAUACACAGAAAGAUGGGAGCUUGUUGAAGACUUGUUAAGACAGAUGGCUCAACAGAAGAUACAGCCAAACCUGUUAACUUUUAAUUGUGUGCUGAAGGCACUGAGGCGAUGUGGUUCUUUAGCCCGGAGUAUGGCCCUCCAGACCCUUAGUGAAAUGAAAGCACUAAAUAUAGAACCCAGCCUUGCAACAUUUGACCAUCUCCUUGCAAUAUUUUACAGAUCAGCCAUGUCUUCUCGAGGCCAAACAGAAAUUAUCUAUGAGGUGUUAGAUGAAAUUGAGGGAAAGAGUUUUUACCCUCAAGACCCAGAUGACAUUUACUUCUUCGCAAAUGCUAUGAGAAUAUGCCUGGACCUGAAGGAUAUUCAUCUUGCCUAUCAGCUACAUAGCGUUUUGGAGACACCAGGGAACAAUAAAAUGAUAGGAGACAUGAUGCAGAAAACCUCUUACUAUGGAAGGUUUUUCACCUUGUUGUGCAUGAUGGAACAGCUGGAUGUAGUACUGAAGUGGUAUAAGGAACUGGCUCCUUCAAUGUUUUACCCUAAUUCUAAAGGGAUGCAGGAUCUUCUUCAAGCAUUGGACACAGGCAAUCGUUUGGAAAUGAUUCCCCAGAUCUGGAAAGAUGUCAAACAGUUUGGACACAGCCGUAGACCUGGCAUCGUGGAAGAAGUUCUGGCUCUCAUGGCCAGAGACAAACAGACUCCAGAGACUCAAGUGGCGUUUGCUGACUGUGCUGCAGAAAUAAAAUCUCUUUAUGAGAUACAAGAAAGAAGGCAAACUGUCUUAGAGUGGACGGCGACUUCUCUGGGUGAUUGCACUGUGUUAUUUGCCAGAGCUGGGAGAAUGCCAGAAACCUGGAACAUGCUGGAGCUUUUCAAAAAGUACAACCGAAUCCCCAGUGAUUUGGUUAUGAAUGAAGUCUUGGACUGCAUUAAGCAAAGCAACCAACCGGGGCAGGCACUUGACCUAGUAAAGUUGGCGUCAGACUUCAGUUUACAAUCAACUUCUACACUUGCCAAGAGAGUUCAGGAAGAAUUUCAACUUUCUGAAGAGCAAACGAGGAAUCUUGCUGAUAUGACAGCAGAAAGCAGCGAUGAUAGUGGGAGCGACAGUGACUAGAUGACAAGCAACCUCAUCCUUUCCUAAAGAAAAGGUCCUGUCAAAACAGAGAUAUGUAACUGCUACAGCUACAGUUCUUAUGAGCACCUAAGCUCAAAUUCAAUGAGCAAUAACAUGAAUUGGUAUGAAACUCUGAUCUGAAAUGUUUUGAGACAUUUUCCCUCUUUCCCCUAACAUCUUAGUUUGGGAAAACAAGAACCGAUCAUAUGGACCAUAAAUAUAAUUAUGUUAUGUCUGACACAACAUGUGUUAAAAUACAUUAAACCAUGUGACCAUUA